UUUGAAAAAUUUCGUUAGAGAAAACAACAAGCAUCAUGUGAAUUUCAACUUUUCAUGUGAUAUACAAAAUAGCCAGUUAAAUACAAUUAGUUGGAAUAUUUUUAUUAUCGUUGCUGUAUUUAAACAAAAGUCCCGCGCUUUUCAACAUACUCGAAAUUUGUUUGGUUACAAGUGUUUAUUGUUAAAUAUUGUUUUAGUUAAUUGUUCAUAUGGACAAAAACAUCAGGAACAGAAACAUGGGGAGUUCCAGAGAUCAGGACUCAUUGGGCAUAUUGAAUAUGGAAAAUCUUAAAGUAUUUGGAGACAUUUCCGAGUGUUCCUUUGCGAAUGUCAAUGAAAAACUAAGGGCAGAGCGUCACAAGGCUCUCGCGAUGCUGGAUAAGCCGCGUUUACCCACAUCUUCCAUAAGCACAAAUGUAUCCGAUCUAAUCAGUGAUAAAACAAUUGAUAUAAAUACCACCGGCAGCACCUUGAAUUUGGGCAAAACUUCGCUGAACCGGCCAAAGAAGCCACUAAGGAAUAAGGCCAUCUCGGUUUCUGAUAUAUUAAAAACAUCAUUUGCGGCGAAGGCCCGCCAGCUGGAGAAGAAACUACCAACCAAUUCAGUUUCCAUUUUAAAGGACUCCAUAAGCCGCUGCUCCAGUUUAAAUGGCGGAGAGGGCUUCUCAUUUGGUUCCACAACUGAACAGAAUUGUGAUGAGACUUUUGCUCCCGCUGAACUGAUGCAAUCAAAGUUGAUAGCAGGCGAAAUCUCAUGGGCCCAGCAAUAUACGGCCAUGCCCACAGCUGUGCUAAGCAGGCCAGCUCUUGAAAAGAUACGAGCUCCACUCGGUACCAGUGACAUAGAGAAUUCCAGAGCCAAUUCUACUUUGGCUAAAGAUCAGGAUUUCUCAAUGGGUGCCUAUUUUCAAACUCGCUCCGACAACAUAUGCAACAUUGUGGGUUCAGCAAGGAGAAGUGGCUGUCAACCUCUUGUGGAGACACCCGAGACGAAAAAUAAAACCUACACUAAGACUGUGGAGAGAAAAACUGAGAACGUAUAUAAUCCCUGGAAUAGUAAGAGACAGAGAUCUUCGGAAAUCUUAAGUCUUUCGGCUAUUGAUAAGGCGUUGAGAAAUUUAGAUUUAGAUUCGGACACUUCAAGCAUCGAAGUGUAUCAUCAACUAAAGGGUGACAGAUGGCAUAAUCACGAAAACGACGAAAAUAAGGAAAACGAUCAGACUAUAGAAAACGCUUUAAAUCUGCCCCCUGAAUUAACUACUACUAUAGAUUCAGAGUCUUUUACCACACCCAUUAAAUCAGCGGGACUAAAACUACGCCGUUUGAAUUUGAGUCUGAAGCCAUGCAGCCGUGAAGUGCAUACACUAACAGCAACAACUACCACAGAUGAAGAAGAUAAAGAUAAUGGUGAUGAGAAAACUCCUGUAAAUAAACCAUUUGCAUUGACUUGUUCCACACGUCACGAGGAAUGCAAUGCAGUGGCUUCAAUUUCGAGAUUAUCACCAACAACGUCUAACAAGGAAAGCGGCAAAUCAUUGGACAUUCGUGGCACAAGCUCGCCUAAAACUCGCCAAUACUCGCCAUCUGGCAGUGAUCGCUGUGAUGGCCUUAUCUCACGUUGCUCAAGUUCCUCCAGUGAGUUUAGCCAUCGUGAUGGACAAAGAUUACCCCUAAAGGUAACACAUACCAGCUUGUGCUGGGGUAGCACCAAGUUACGCACAGAUGUUAGGAAAUCGUUGCAGAUCAAGAAUAUUGCCCAGAAAAGACUCGUCAUACGUUUGGGCAUGCAGGGACCAGGCUAUCAAUUGGUGGGCAAUGAAUGCUCGACCAUUACAUUGCAGGCCAUGGAAUGUCGCAUGAUUACGCUUAACUUUUGUCCAACUGUUUGUGGAGCAGCUGUCGGAGCCCUCUUGUUGAUUGGAACUCAUGCAGAAUUGGCGAUUCCUUUGUUUGGCUAUGGUGGCAAUGCUUCCAUAUCCAUACAGGGUCUCCUUAAAGGGCCAGUUGGUUCCAGUUUUCUUACCAUAGGAGAUGUUAGUGAAUUUUCUUCGGGCGCUUUCCCCCUAAGGGCCACUUGCAGAUUCCUCAAUAAGGGUCCACUCACGGCAUUUGUUAGCAUCUCCGUGGAAUCUACAUUGCUGAUGAAACUGCGCCUAAGCGAUGCCUUCGUGGUUCGUCCCAGUGAGAUGAUUCUACCACCUCACACCGAAGGCAUAGUCGAAAUAGAAUAUCAUCCGAAUCGAGAGGAUAUAAAGAAUAUAUUGAAAAAGUCAUCUGGUCAACAGGUCUUGACUCUGGCCAACAUGCGAAUCUUUUGCGGUGAUGAACCCAAUCGACAACGUAUGCGAAAUCUUAUCCAAAAGAUGGACAGAAGACAGCGAGAUUCUUUAACUUCAACCAUGCUGGACAGCCUAUGGUCGCAUUUUCCUAAAGAGCAAAAUAUUGAAAAUUUAAGCCAACUUAACGAACCAACCGAGUUCAUCUUGGAUCUGGUCACUGUUGUUCGCAUAAUCGAUGUGGCCUUAACUCUAAAUCGAGAUUUUGAUGAGUCCGCGGAGUCGUCGCUAUUGUUUCCGCCCGAUGCAGAUGAAACGGUUUUAUUUCGUACCAUUUGUCCGGCUUUUAAUUCUCUCACAUCCACACAGAAUCCGGUCGACCAGGAGGCAGAUACUACCAAUAAUUGGAGUCUUGAUCCUUAAAGUUUUGCCUUUAAUACCAAAUUUUAUUUCUUUUACUUAUAA